UGUCAAUCAAUGUUCGGCGGACUAUGUGGUAUGUUCAGUAUCAAUUCUCAACUAUGAAAUUAACAAAAACAUAAUGGCAGAAAUUCAGCUUGACAUUUUUCAGAAACUAAAAAGGAAAUCUGAAAACUUCAAUUGCCAUUACAUCGUCCAUACGGUAUUGAUGGUUUUGACAGGUGACAUUUUCUGUUACUUUUUUCCAAUGGUUCUCGUAUAUACAGUGGUAUAUAAAUCAGUUUCACGCCAAUCAUUUCUAAAUUACAAUGAGUUGUGGUGUUCUUUUCUUGGAACUUCUUCAAAAUAUUCUCAAGGGCCCUUUGUGUGCCCUGAUUGUCAUUUCCAAUGCCCAGGAGCCUCUUCAACCUUGCCCUCUCCCCAUCUUAACCUCUGAAAAUGCUAAUUACCUGAACAAAAUCUCCCCUCAAAUCCUGGAGUGCUCCUUUAUCUUGAGCGAUGAUCCACUGACAAUGCCCAAUCUACCUUUAAAAUACCAUUAUCGUGGAUCUCUCAGCUCCUUGAAACCCAAUGAUUACCGUCAGUCCAUAUUCAAGGUUCAUUCGGAUCUUUUCGUCCAUUAUGUCAUGUGUCCUAGACUUGAGCCUCAAGUCUCCGAGAUAUGGGAUAUCGCUACAAUGGACCUGAUCCGGCAUCAAGAAGUGCACUGUCCGUCCGUUCUGAGCUCGUUUGAGAAACCAGUUCGGAUUGCGUAUGUAGGGUUGCCACCCUUCAUCUAUCACAAAGGGUCAGAUCCUCAGGGUGUCGAUAUAGAUCAAUUGAAAAUAUUCAGCAAAUCCUUGAAUUUUGAGUACGUCCUUCAGGAGGAAAGGGGUUGGUUGAGUCAAGAUCCAGAGACUGUGGAACUUUCAGGGAGUAUCUUUACAGUCUCGAAUGGUGGGGCCGACAUUGGUGUAGGCAACGUCUUGAUGAAUGAAGUAACAUACAACUUAGUCGAGUUUCCCCAUUACACUUAUGACUUAGAUAUGUUCAUCUGUGCGAAGCAACCAGAGGCUCUCCCAUCGUAUUGGAAUUUGCUAAGACCUUUCCCCGUUCUUGUUUGGAUAUUCUCAUUGGUAUCAAUUGCACUGGUCUGGGCCACUUUGGUUUGGGGAUCAUGGCUUUACAACCCCAAUCUGAAUCUGUCCGGAGUAGUAUUUCAAUGGUUAUUUGCCACUCUAUUUUUGCAAUCGUUUCCCUGGCGGUUCAAUGUCUUUAAGGCCACCAAGGUGCUCAUCCCUCUUUGGCUCAUCUUCAUCCUCUUCCUGGAUUUCUUUUACGAGAGCAAUCUCCGGGCCCAUUUGAUUGCCAUUGAGUACGAUAAACCGGUAGAUACGGUUCAAGACCUUCUGGAUCGAGGGAUGGCCCUCUAUCUUCCCCGAUUCACUGGUUUUGUGGGUAACUUCAAAUCUUCUACCAAUCCCGCUUAUCGAGAGCUGUCCUUGAUGUAUGAGAAACGCGACCUUGCAUUCGACUAUGACGCCAAUGGAAUACCUUCAUAUGACGAUGAGCUCAAGAUCUACCAACAAGGAGAUGCUCUGAUCAUCAAUGAUAUCAUGGCCACUGCCGCUUUUCCAGAGUUCCAAAGGCGUCACAAUGGAACCCUUCCUUACCAAUUGUCCAAGACUAAGAUUCUAGCAGGAUUUGGGUCCAUAAUUGUACCCCACAAGGCUCCUUAUUUGAGGGAUCUCCAGAGGAUUAUAGCGAUCUUGAACGACUCUGGAAUCACGCAACACUUAAUGAAUGGUUAUAUCAAGUUACAAUUCCAAAUAGGAGCUGACCUGUACUAACCGAUCAAUUUGCAGCCAUUCAAUUUGGACCAGGCCUUCUUAGGCCUAUUGGUUAUGGCUGUCGGAGCCUUUGUCUCGUUGGUUGUGUUUGGUAUUGAAAAGGCUCAAGGAUAGAAAACGAACAAAACAUGAGAUUCCUGGGGACAUCGUGAAAAACUUGCAAGGUUUAUCGUAGAUCAUUUAUAAGUUGAUAUGGGAUUAUUGAUGUUUUAAUAUCUUCACCUGCAUUCUAUGAAUAGAGAGCGUAUGCAUUGCACAAAGCCAAA